GCGACACGCACCCGCCCUCCGAGUUCGCGGCUGGUGCGCGCAGCCAACGGCACCAUACAUUGCGGCACACCUGACCACAUACGCACGCGCCCAACGGCCUCACAGCACCAGUACAUAGGUUCUGACGGCCGCAGCCUCCGGCCGCUGAGCGAGCUGCGAGGUGUGCGCACGGCUAGGUGAUUUACUGCUUCGACGAGGAGGUGCGCUACAACAUCCAACUCUACUUCGUCGAUAACAUGGCUGGUACAUUGCAGGCUUUCGCGAUCGGGGCUCGUCCCGCGAUGGACAGCGUGGAGGCCGCGCUGGACCGCGUCAAGAUGAACAUGAACCUCAAGUUCGCGGACUGGGGGCUGCCCUGCCCCAUUACAGGAGAGCCGGGCGCAAUGGCGCAGCCGGCAGCGUUUGGCGGCCAGCGGCAGCUCGUGAGGGCGGCGCUGUUGGACUGGGGUGAAAGGGCGUAAGGUGCUGUAGGCUUGUGGUGCCCGUUGCAUCUAGACUCAAGGCGUGGGCAAGACAGAUGUCCCUGUAGAAGUGGUAGAGCGCACGCAGCAGCAGGAGCAGGAGGGAAGAGGGCAGGGUUUGGUGGCGACGGCAUGUCGACGGCCAGGUUGGUGGUGGGCAAGGAGCGAGUUAGCAAGCGGCCGGGGCAGGGCCUGUGGGCAUCAGCAGCAACCGUACGCUGCUGUGACAGCGGCAGCACGCAAACGUGUGUGCGCGUGCUGUGUGUAGGUGUAUGUGCGUGAAAGGAAGAUGACAAGCAUACCCGCAGUAUGUGUGUGUAGGCGGGAAUUGACUGAGAAUGGUACCGUAUACGGUAAUGCCGAGGCGGUUGCCCUAGGUUGCCCUAGGCGGCAGCAGGGGUUGCAAGUGUGCUCAGGUACUGCGCUGGCUGGUUACUGUACAUGGUGCUCUCUCCGGUCCUUUCAUGGGGGAGGUAGGCUACAGCGGCCGUCUUUUGGGCCCCGGUCAGUGGAAGACCACAGCUGUAGCAGGUUGUGUCGAGUGUGAGCUGUGUGACAUUCACCUGUUGGUGGCAGGUGGCGGUCAACCUAUCUAUCAUUGCUCGUGUCGGUGAUGCGAUGCUGGUGGUGCUGGUACCUUCAAUCAAGUCGGAGACGCUAGGGGACUGCUGGACUAAUGCUGGAAAGGCUGGCUGUGAAGAGCAGACUGAGCAGCGGCACGCUAGGAAUGGUGUGCGUGUGAAGAGCUACGGUCAGCCAAGACAGCUGGGCUUCGGCGUUACCCACCCAUGAGUCCCCAGUGAAGUAGAUUUGCGCAAGCCUGAUGUAACAGUACCUAACG